AUGAGUAGGGGUCUUCCUCUCAGUAUGGAGGGGGCGAAGGAGGAGCUGAGGGAGGGGGCCACAAGGGAGGGGAGUGUGUGCAGGGGGGCAGGAGAGGCGAAGGCUGAAGGUGUGAAGGCCGUCUCCAGUCUGCCAUUCCGCUGUCCUCGCUGUGGAGAGAACACUCGCUUCCGCAGCCUGGCGUCGCUCCGAGCCCACCUGCAGCUCAGCCACACCUUCCCUAGCGAACCUGUGCAGCGUAGCCACACCCACACAAGCUCACCUGUGCAGGGUAGCCACACUGGCCACAUUGGCCCAUCUGUGCAUAAGCCGCCACCCCCUAACAACUCCCUGAACCAAUGGGAUGACUGUGCCGCCCCUCCCAUCUCACCUCUCAUGGCAACUGGCCACGCACCUCCCAUCUCCAUGGUAACUGGCUCCGCCCCUCAUGUCUCCAUGGUAACUGGCCCCGGCCCUCCCAUCUCCACAGCAACUGGCCCCACCCCUCCUGUCUCCACUGUAACUGCUGCCACCUCUCCCCCCGGUGCGUGUGGGCGUAUGGAUGUUGAGUUUCGGCUGAGGGGGGCGCUACAGAGGGCCGAGGGGCUGCUGAAGCAGCGGCUGCAGUCUGAGCAUGCCCAGCGGAGCCUCCUGCUGGCCCGGCAGCAGCACUGCAGGCAGAUGACCAGCGCCGCCAUGGUGAUCGCAUCGCUACGGCAACAGCUCAACACCUCGCAACACCUGCUGCAGCAGAGGGAGAGUGAGAUGGAGGGCAUGCAGAGCUGGCUGGCUGUGGCGUCGCGACAUGAGCUGCAGAGCAAGGAGCAUCUCCGGAACUUCAUGGAAAACAUUCUCACACACACACACCACACUAAUGUCCAGAGGUAUGUGGCUGUUCUGCACCGGAACCAGUGGGCCAAGCUGGGCAGCAGAGGAGAAAAGCUUCUGCUCCUCUGCCUGUGGACUCUCGCUCUGAUUUUCUCCAGCCCGGCCGCGGUCAAAGCAGACCUGGCAGUUGGACAAAAUAAGGUCUGUCAAGGAGACUCCCCUCUUCAGCAGCCCUAG